AUUUCACAGCCUGGGACGCCGUGUUCGAAGAUCAUCAUGCUGCGAUAUAAGCCGUGACGGGUCCCCUCAGAUGGCCACACAAGAAGUCUUGUUUCUUCUCUUCACAUCCCCCUCUUCCACCAUUACCUUCUCUAUGUGUUUUCGCUCAUUUGGUUGAUCCAUUCUUUUCUUCACUUCUACACGAGCAGGGACUCGCUUUGGCAUCCGGAUUAUACACCACUUAUUUCCGUCAUAUAUUUCCCCGGCAGACAAACGACAUCUACGAAGUAGGACGAGAGAAGAACGAAGAAGCACAAUGAAGUUCUCUACAGCAACAGCGAUGGCAUUGGGGAUGGCCCCCCUGGCUUUGGGCAAGGCAAUUCACAACGCCUAUCCCGUCCGGCGAGAUGGUCACCAGGUCGUUGAGCUACCAGGUGGCAAGAACAGCGUCCAGGCUUCCGACCAGCAACUUGCCGAGCUCGCCCGCCUGAUCGGCCUCAACCGCGGCAGCGGCACCUCUAUCAACUUCCUCUGGGUUAACAUUGGUGGUGGCGCGGCAACCACGGUCGUUGGCGAGGCUCAGACCGUCACCGUCACCCAAACCGUCGGCGGAGAGGCCGGCGCUACGCCUCCGCCCGCCGUCGUGACGGACGAGGCUGGCUCGACUACGGUCGUUGCCCCUCCCACGGGCACCGUCGGCGCCGGCGGCGCCACCCACAGCGUCACGGUCGGCGGCCCCCAGGGUCUCUCCUUCAACCCCCAGCAAGUGAGCGCCGCGAUUGGCGACACCGUCAUCUUCAGUUUCCUCAGCCAGAACCACACCGCCACCCAGUCCGCUUUCGACACCCCCUGCGCUGCGCUCGACGGUGGCAUGGACUCGGGUUACCAGGCCAACCCCAACAACACCGUCAACCCUCCCCCGCAAGUCGCGAUGCAAGUCAUGGUUGACACCCCGCUUUGGUUCUACUGCCGCCAGGGCAACCACUGCGGCAACGGCAUGGUCUUCAGCAUCAACCCGAGCGCCGAGAAGACGCACGCGCAGUUCCAGGCGCUGGCCAUCCAGCAGAACGGCAACGGCGCCGGCGGCGCCAUCACCGGCAACCCGCCCAACGCCGACCCCAACGCCGGCACCGGCGGCGCCGCCGACGGAGCCGCCACCUCCGCCCUCGUCACCCCGCCCGGCGCCACCCCGACCGAUGCCGCCGGCGCCGUCAACACGGGCAUCGCUACGGGCGUCGGCCAGGUCGGCGCCGACGGCUCCUGCGUCUGCGCCGUCCAGUGCAGCGUCGGCGGGUUCCCCAACCAGGCCGUCCAGGGCCGCGACAGCUUUGGCGGGUUUGGCGGUGCCAUCCCCAUGGCCAUGGUCGAGCCUCCUGCUCGCAAGGCAUAAGCGGGUCUAAGCAUCAUCUUUUUCAUGAAGCUAUGACUUUGUUGUUGUCUGGUUGGUUGUGGCGGUUUAUUUCCUGGGCGGGUGUUUUAAAGACGCUGUGGUGGUGAUGGGA